CGUCGUUACGCAACACCACAACACACCCCUUCGAUCCUAAACCUCGGAAGCGUUCUUUAAAUCACUUCGAUCAAACUACACCUAUACGACGACACUCUCUGGACCUUGUCAUACUUUUGACGGCCAGGACCUAAGCUUCUUUGUUCACCACACCACAAACUUUUUUUUAUUGUAUCUUGAUUUUUCACACAUUCGAUGCAGUCCAAUCAAGCGGGACAACAAGGCCGCCCACAGAGGCUGCAUAUUUCUCAUAGGAGGAGUCCGAGUGAGUUGACGCCGUUUAUGAUGGAGCAAUACGCCCUCCAACAACAAAUCGAGCUCCUCCAAGCCCAACAACAACUCCUCCAACAACAACAGCAAUACGCUGCACAGACCGGUAUGAUGCCCCCUCCGUCCUAUAUGCCGUCUCAGCAGAUGCAGCACCAGCCUCAGGGCGCGUAUACCGCCGAACCCGCCGCUGCAUCCGGGUUUGCCUCUACAGGGAUGGGGCAAAUCGGGGCUGGGCCGGGUGCGCAUCGGAGGAGUGGGAGUAACGCAUUCGACGCGUUCCCGGGAGGAUUCGCGGCACAGGGUGGACGCGGCGCUGGGGGUAUGGGUAUGGGCAUGGGUAUGGGUGUGAGUUCGGGACAACGUCAACCGGGGCCGCCGGCGCAGGGACAUUCGAGACGUCAUUCUCUUGCGUUGCCGGAGGCGAAGCAGGCUGCGGAGCGUGCGCAGCGGGUUCGUCAGGAAUCGGCUUCCGGGUCUACUACUUCUGCCUCUCCAUUCUCUUUCCCGGCUCGUCCUGAUUCUAGUGGAGGCGAGCAACAGCAGCAGCAACAGCAGCAGCAGCAGCAGGGAGGUUUCGGCAGUAUGGGCGGUAACGGUGGAAGGAGUCGUGUUCCUGGUCAUGGACGUAGUCAGAGUAUGGCUGUCGGGGGUGGCCGCGGCAGCGCCGUCCCCGAACGCGGAUUUUCGUUCCCGUCUGCGCCCGGUUCGAGUGGCGGUCAACCCGGUGGUGGCCACGCCCGUUCUUCAAGCCGUAACUUUGAUGGUAAUUGGCGUGCGAGUGCUGGGCAGCAGCCUACGGGUCCUGUUCAAUCCGAGCAGCCACAACAGCAGCAACAGUUUUUCGUUCCGGGACACCGGUCGCGUGCGUCGAUGUCUAGCUCUAUGUCCUCCAAUGCUGGAUUCGGCGGAUUCUCGUUCCCGCAACAGGCGCCUAGUGCGUUGAAUUUGUCGGGGAUGGGUGGGAUGAAUAUCCCGCAGCCUCUCCUCUCGCCGCAGCUUAUGCAGCAGCAGCAGUUGGUGCAGUUGCAGGGACAGGGUGGUGCUCAGCAGCAACGCAAGUCCUUGUUCUCUCCGUACUUGCCUCAGGCUACCCUCCCUGCUCUCCUUAGCGACGGUAGGCUCGUCAGCGGAGUCUUGCGCGUGAACAAGAAGAACCGUUCUGAUGCGUAUGUCUCAACCGAGUUGUUGGAUGCCGAUAUCUUUAUUUGUGGAAGUAAGGACCGUAAUCGUGCGCUUGAGGGUGAUUUCGUCGCGGUUGAGUUGUUGGAUGUGGACGAGGUCUGGAACGCGAAGCGCGAGAAGGAGGAGAAGAAGCGCCGUAAGGAGGGUUUCCAGAUGAGUGGUGGGUCUACCUCCCAGGCUGAGGGAACCGGUCUUAAACGUCAGGGUUCGAUCAGGAAUAGACCUGAAGUGAAGAAGAAGGAUGAUGUUGAGGUCGAGGGACAGGGGUUGUUGUUGGUUGAUGAGGAGGAGGUGAGUGAUGAGAUGAAGCCGAUGUAUGCGGGCCAUGUUGUUGCUGUGAUUGAGAGGACGCCUGGACAGAUGUUCUCUGGUACCCUUGGUUUGUUGAGGCCUUCUAGCGCCGCGACGAAGGAGAAGCAAGAUCAGGAGAGGAUGCAGCGUGGUGAGAGGCCUGAGGGUGGAAGGUCGAACGACCGUCCUAAGAUUGUCUGGUUCAAGCCGACGGACAAGAGAGUCCCGCUUAUUGCUAUUCCGACUGAGCAGGCACCUAAGGAUUUCGUCGAGAACCACCAGAAGUAUGCGAACAAGUUGUUUGUUGCUUGUAUCAAGCGUUGGCCGAUUACUAGUUUGCAUCCGUUCGGUACCCUUGUUGAGGAGCUGGGUGAUAUGGGUAAUGUUGAGGUUGAGACGGAGGCAUUGUUGCGUGAUAACAACUUCUUGAAUGAAGCUUUCUCUGAGGCUUGCAUUAAAUCUAUUCCGGAGCCGAUCGAUCUUAGCAACGAGGAGGAGUUGGAAUUGCGCGGUAACUUCUCUGAGGAGAGAGUCUUCUCUUUGGAUGUCGCCGAUGCCAAGGUCAAGGGCCUGAACCGUGCUAUGCACAUCAAGGGUCUCGAGGAGGGCAAGGUUGAGAUCGGUAUCCACAUUUCCGAUGUCGGUUACUACGUCCGUCCUAACUCCGUCUUGGAUCGCGAGGCGAAGAAGAGGGGUACUGCUGUGUUCUUGACGAACCGUGCCGUUCCCAUGUUCCCUAACGAACUCGUCGACUUGUGUUCGCUCGCUCCCGGAGAGACGAAGCCUACGUUCUCUAUUGUUUUCAAGAUGGAUGAGACUACCGGUGAUGUAGAGGGUAUCUGGAUCGGCAGGAGUAUCGUCUCCAGCGUCGCCCACAUCAGUUACGAGGAUGCUGAUGCUGUUCUCGAGGGUGGAAAAUUGUCUGGUGAGGUUACCAGUGGUGAUGAGGCGUUGAGGAAGGGUCUUGAGGAUGAUUUGAGCAGGUUGUGUCGUGUUACUACUGUCCUUCGCAGGAAGAGGCUUGGCUCUACCAAGUUGGAGCUUGACUCGUUGCGCUUGCUGGCUGAGCUCGACGACGAGGAUUUGCCUCAGGGUACCAACCUUUUCGAGAGCACUGCUGCUGCCUGGCUCGUUGAGGAGUUGAUGAUGAAGGCAGAGAUCGCAAUUGCGGAGAAGAUCAACGAGAAGUUUUCCGAGGGUGCUUUGUUGAGGCGUCACCCUCGUCCUCAGGAGAGACGCUUGCGCUUGUUCCUCGACAAGGCCAAGAGGUUGGGUUACGAAAUCGACGGUACGGAUGGUGCUUCUUUGCAGAGGUCGUUGUUGCAGAUCGAUGACCUUGACAUCCGCAAGGCGUUGGAGACUUUGCUUGUGAAGACUCUCCACCGUGCUAGGUACUUCGUUUCUGGUCGCGUUGACGCGGACUACAACCUUCAUUUCAUCAAUGGUUUGCCGCUUUACACGCACUUCACCGCUCCACUUCGCAGGUACGCGGAUCUCGUUGUGCACCGUCAGUUGGAGGCUGCUGUUACUGGAGUUGAUGUCUUGAUGGAGGACUACGACGCCCUUGGCAAGACUGCUGAGAUGUGCAACUCCAAGAAGGAUGCUUCCAAGAACGCGCAGGAGCAGUCGAUGUUGCUUCGUCUUUGUCACCAGAUCAACAAUGCUGCCCGCUCGAACCAGGGGCCCAUCAUCUACUCUUCCGUCGUUGUUUCCGUUUACGAAUCUGCUUUCGAUAUUCUUGUCCCCGAGCUUGGCAUUGAGAAGCGUGUGCAUUUGGAUCAGUUGCCUCUUAAGACCGCCGACUUCACCGAUGCUCGCGGGGUCGGUAACAGGAAGAUGUUGGAGUUGUUCUGGUUGAAGGGCGUUGACACUGCUACGUACGUCCCCAGGACAUCGGAGACGCAGAGCAGCUCUGUGUAUGACCGCACCAGCAGCAUGGCUGAGGAUGAAUUGUCGAGAAAGUUUAUGGAUAUCAGCACCCAGGAUCCCAACGAUGAGGGUGCCCUGUUCGAUGAUGACGACGAGAUUGUUUCUUCCCCUAUUGACGUCAAUGCCAAGUUCGGCUUCGGUUCUCACCCAUCUAAGAGCGAGCCUAUCUCGCCUGUCAAGGGAUCUGUUGCGGGCACUCCUUUCCGCACGCAGUCCACCUCCAGCAUGCCCUCUGGCAGCCUCAACAACCGCUCUGGAUCUAACGGAAGCGGUGAUGCAUUGUCCUUCGAGGGAUUGAGUUCGCGUGGUGGUGACCACAUCCAGGCCGUCAAGGAAUUGACCAGGUUGCCCGUCAUGGUCUUCGCCGACCUCUCGAAGGCUCCCCCGGUUGUCACUGUCAGACCGCUCAAUCCUUUCAUGUAA